AUGAGCGACGAAUAUACUUCAACUCUCGCCUCCCUCUCCGUCACACACGUCUACUAUGACCCUGACGAUUACAUCUCCCUUCUAUGCGCCUACCUCGCCCUCCUACCCCAAGCACUCUGCGUCGUCUACGCCACCCUAAUAUUCUCAACGCGCGAGGCCGAGAUAUGUCUAGCCUUCGCCGGCCAGCUCGCCUGCGAGGCCCUCAACUUCGUCCUCAAGCGCAUCAUCAAGGAGGAGCGCCCGCGCCGCAUCCACGGCAAGGGCUACGGCAUGCCCAGCUCGCACGCCCAGUUCGUCGCUUUCUGGAGCCUCUCCCUCGCGCUGUUCCUCUUGGUACGGCAUAAGCCGCUGUCGCGCGGGAAGGCGAAGAUGUGGGAGGGCGGUCGACCUUGGACUUUGAUCGAGAGGCUGGCUGUUAGUCUUGCCGGUGUUAUUGUGGCAGCGGCGACGGCGUGGAGCAGGAUAUACUUAAACUACCAUACCACGAAACAAGUGGCUGCUGGCGUGACUGCAGGAUUGGUGUUUGCGCUGGUUUGGUUCGUAGCAACGGAGAUCUUGAGGAGGACCGGAUGGUUGGCUUGGGGCAUUGAGCUUCCACCGGCGAGAAUGCUGAGAAUUCGCGAUCUGGUGGUGGAAGAGGACAUGUGUCAGGCAGGAUGGGAAAAGUGGGAAGAGAAGAAAAUGGCG